CCACCCCUUUCCCCCGACCGGGUGCCGCCGCCGAGAUUGGGCGAAUAGCGAGCAAAUACGUGCGCGUCUCGCUGCCUCCGCCGGCUACCCGCUCCCUGUCCGCCGGAGCCCAGCCGCAGCCCCCCGAGGUGGGUGCUCAGUACCGGUCGCUGCCGAGGCCCCGCCGCUCCUCCGCCCCUUCCCUUCCCGACACAGGCCUGCAGCCCCCAGUGGGAAAGGCCCAGGCCGCCGCCACUGCUGAUCCCGAGCCCCAUCCCGACAUGAACCACCAUCAGCAGCAGCAGCAGCACCAGAAGCCCGGGGAGCAGCAGCUGAGCGAGCCCGAGGACAUGGAGAUGGAAGCUGGAGAUACAGACGAUCCUCCAAGAAUUACUCAAAAUCCUGUCAUUAAUGGGAAUGUAGCAAUGGCUGAUGGACAUAACAACACUGAAGAAGAUAUGGAAGAUGACACAAGUUGGCGAUCAGAAGCAACAUUUCAGUUUACAGUGGAACGCUUCAACAGAUUGAGCGAGUCAGUUCUCAGUCCUCCCUGCUUUGUACGGAAUUUGCCAUGGAAGAUCAUGGUUAUGCCACGACUCUACCCAGACAGACCACACCAAAAAAGCGUAGGAUUCUUCCUUCAGUGCAAUGCUGAAUCUGAUUCCACGUCAUGGUCUUGUCAUGCACAAGCAGUUCUCAAGAUAAUAAACUACAAGGAUGAUGAAAAAUCAUUCAGUCGUCGUAUUAGUCACUUGUUUUUUCAUAAGGAAAAUGACUGGGGCUUUUCCAACUUCAUGGCCUGGAGUGAAGUCACUGAUCCUGAAAAAGGCUUCAUAGAAGAGGACAAAGUUACUUUUGAAGUCUAUGUUCAAGCAGAUGCUCCACAUGGAGUGGCGUGGGAUUCAAAGAAGCACACAGGAUAUGUUGGCCUAAAGAACCAGGGAGCAACUUGUUACAUGAACAGUUUGUUACAGACUUUAUUUUUCACAAAUCAGCUACGAAAGGCUGUGUACAUGAUGCCCACGGAAGGAGAUGAUUCAUCCAAAAGUGUUCCUUUAGCAUUGCAAAGAGUGUUUUAUGAGCUGCAGCAUAGUGACAAACCAGUUGGAACGAAAAAGUUAACAAAAUCUUUUGGGUGGGAAACUUUAGACAGCUUCAUGCAACACGAUGUCCAGGAAUUAUGUCGAGUGCUGCUUGACAACGUGGAAAAUAAAAUGAAAGGCACAUGUGUAGAAGGCACUAUUCCUAAACUGUUCAGAGGGAAGAUGGUGUCUUACAUCCAAUGCAAACACGUAGACUAUCGAUCUGAACGAAUAGAAGAUUAUUAUGACAUCCAGCUAAGUAUAAAGGGAAAGAAAAAUAUUUUUGAGUCCUUCAUUGACUACGUUGCAGUGGAGCAGUUGGAUGGUGAUAACAAGUAUGAUGCAGGAGAACAUGGUUUGCAGGAGGCAGAGAAGGGUGUGAAAUUCUUAACAUUGCCACCAGUAUUACACCUACAGCUUAUGAGAUUUAUGUAUGAUCCUCAGACUGACCAAAACAUCAAGAUAAAUGACAGGUUUGAGUUUCCUGAACAGUUGCCACUAGAUGAAUUUUUGCAAAAAACAGAUCCCAAGGAUCCUGCAAAUUACAUUCUCCAUGCAGUUCUGGUACACAGUGGAGAUAACCAUGGUGGACAUUAUGUUGUUUACUUAAAUCCAAAGGGGGAUGGCAAAUGGUGUAAAUUUGACGAUGAUGUUGUAUCACGAUGUACAAAGGAAGAAGCGAUUGAACACAACUAUGGGGGUCAUGACGAUGACUUAUCUGUACGGCACUGUACGAAUGCCUACAUGUUGGUUUACAUCAGGGAAUCCAAAUUAAGUGAAGUUUUGCAGCCUGUCACAGACCAUGAUAUUCCUCAACAACUUGUAGAAAGGCUACAAGAAGAGAAAAGAAUAGAAGCACAGAAGAGGAAGGAGAGGCAGGAAGCUCACCUCUACAUGCAAGUGCAGAUAGUGGCAGAGGAUCAGUUCUGUGGUCACCAAGGCAAUGACAUGUAUGAUGAAGAAAAAGUAAAAUACACUGUUUUCAAAGUAUUAAAAAACUCCACACUUACAGAAUUUGUUCAAAAUCUCUCUCAAACAAUGGGAUUUCCCCAGGAUCAAAUCAGAUUAUGGCCAAUGCAAGCUAGAAGUAAUGGAACAAAAAGACCUGCAAUGUUAGAUAAUGAAGCAGAUGGCAGUAAAACGAUGAUUGAGCUCAGUGACAAUGAAAAUCCAUGGACAAUAUUUUUGGAAACAGUAGAUCCAGAGAUGGCUGCUACUGGAGCAACAUUACCCAAGUUUGAUAAAGAUCAUGAUGUAAUGUUGUUUCUGAAGAUGUAUGAUCCGAAGACUCGGAGUUUGAAUUAUUGUGGACAUAUCUACACACCUAUAUCCUGUAAAAUACGUGACUUGCUUCCAGUUAUGUGUGAGAGAGCAGGAUUUCCACAAGAAACUAACCUUAUCCUCUAUGAGGAAGUUAAACCCAAUUUAACAGAAAGGAUUCAAGACUAUGAUGUAUCUCUUGAUAAAGCUCUUGAUGAACUCAUGGAUGGUGACAUCAUAGUGUUUCAGAAGGAUGACCCAGAAAAUGAUAACAGUGAACUACCAACAGCUAAAGAAUACUUCCGAGACCUCUAUCAUCGUGUGGAUGUCAUUUUCUGUGAUAAAACCAUCCCAAAUGACCCAGGCUUUGUUGUUACUUUAUCCAAUAGGAUGAAUUACUUUCAGGUUGCAAAGACAGUUGCACAAAGGCUUAAUACGGAUCCAAUGCUAUUACAGUUUUUCAAGUCCCAAGGCUAUAGGGAUGGCCCUGGUAAUCCUCUUAGACAUAAUUAUGAAGGUACUUUAAGAGAUCUUCUGCAGUUCUUCAAGCCUAGGCAACCUAAGAAACUUUACUAUCAGCAGCUCAAAAUGAAAAUAACAGAUUUUGAAAACAGAAGAAGUUUUAAAUGCAUAUGGCUAAAUAGCCAGUUUAGGGAAGAGGAAAUAACAGUAUAUCCAGAUAAGCAUGGGUGUGUGCGGGACCUGUUAGAAGAAUGUAAAAAAGUUGUAGAACUCUCUGAAAAAGGUUCAGGGAAAUUAAGGCUGCUAGAAAUUGUAAGUUACAAAAUAAUUGGUGUCCAUCAGGAAGAUGAGCUGUUAGAGUGUUUGUCACCUGCAACAAGUCGAACGUUUCGAAUAGAGGAAAUUCCUCUGGACCAGGUAGAUAUAGAUAAAGAAAAUGAGAUGCUAAUCACAGUGGCACAUUUCCACAAAGAGGUUUUUGGGACAUUUGGAAUUCCAUUCUUGCUGAGGAUACACCAGGGUGAACACUUCAGAGAGGUUAUGAAGCGGAUUCAGACAAUGCUGGACAUACAAGAAAAAGAAUUUGAAAAGUUUAAAUUUGCAAUUGUAAUGAUGGGCCGACACCAAUAUCUCAAUGAAGAUGAGUAUGAAGUGAACUUGAAAGACUUUGAGCCCCAACCUGGCAACAUGUCUCAUCCAAGGCCAUGGCUAGGGCUUGACCAUUUCAAUAAAGCCCCAAAGAGAAGUCGCUACACUUACCUUGAAAAAGCUAUUAAAAUCCAUAACUGACUUACUUAACCAGAUUGUCAAGGCAAGGGACAAAAAUAAGUGUGUGUGUGCACCUUUUUAACAACUGUAGAACUUUGGUACACGUGCACUAUAUCUGAAGUCUUCAGCAAGAGGAUUUGCUGCUGAUGUUAAUUUUAUUUUGUUGAGGCUGUUCAGUUUGGCUUCUCUGUAUCUAUUGACUGCCCUUUUUGAGCAAAAUGAAGGUGUUUUUAUAAAGCUUGGAUGCCAAUGAGAGUUAUUUUAUGGUAAACAUAAUGCAAGGCAAUUGUCAGCAUAAUGAGGGAAGAGUUUAGUAGAACAGUUGACAUUGGCAAAAUAUUUGUCUGUAGUACGUUUAUAGAUGGCAUAAGCUGGCUGGCUGCCCAUCCCAGUAUGGUGUUCACCAUCACUGCAGCUAGUAAGUCUUAUGUUUAGACUCACAUCAGAUUUAUUUCCUUCAGUUAUACUUUAAAUGACAUUUUUGUGCAUUUGUAAAUGCAAAAAACUCACAUCAUCAAUAAAUAGCAAUCUCUACUUCAUUGUGUACAUUGUUGGCACUUAUUCGGGAUUUUUGUCUCCUCCAGCUGCAUAGACUCUUUUGUAAUAAACUAGUUUUCAUUUAAUUUAGUCACUACUUUGCGUCCCGUUUUGCCAAGUGGAUAUCCCGAGUCAUAAAAAGAAAGAUAUUUGGGUCUUUUUAUUAAAUUUUCAACCAUUGAUAAACACUGUUGCGAUUUGUUUUGCCGUCUUCUGGCAAAUAGAAUGACACUCAAAAGUUGGCAAAAGCAAGAGAAAAGAUUAUAAAUACCAUUAAUUUAGUUACCAUAGGAAGAGAUGGGGAAAACACAGGAACUAGCCUUUUAGCACAGAGGGCAUGCUCACUAGUGUUUAGUAAGCUGUUGACUUUGUAUAAAACAGGAGGAAUAAAAAAAAAAAAAGAAAAAAAAAAGAAAAGAUGGAAUUGUAUAUUUAAUGACUGAACAUGUACAAUUUAACACUUGGAGGUUAAUUUUAUUGGGUGAGUCUGCAAGUGAAUUUCACUGAUGUUGAUAUUCAUUGUGUGUAGUUUUAUUUCAGUCCCCAGACUGCUUCCUUUUCUUUUGGAGCUAAUGCCAGCCGCGUGUCUAGUUUUGAGUGCAGUAAAGAUAGAAUCAGCAAUUCACACUUAAUUUUACAUUCUUUUCCAGUAUUUUAUUUUGUUUCUGUAGCCGCAGUGUACAACAACUCUUCCUGUAUAUUGCCUUUUUUUGCUGGAAAAUGUUGUAUGUUGAAUAAAAUUUUCUAUAAAAUUUU